CAGAUUUGUUUUUGAUUGAAUACACGCAAAGGGCUUUGUUUGUCUAAAAAGGAAUAUACUGAAUCACGACACCUCGUACAAUUUAAUUUUUCUACUCAUCGAGAUUAAGCGAAUAUAUUACUUUUAUCAUUAGCAAUUUAGGCUAUGUGAACUUUAUUUGACUUUAUUAAGUCAAACUUUGAAAAUAAAAUUUUGUCAGAUCGUUUGUUUGGAUAAUCUUCCUCCAGUGGCAGAUUUUUCGAAUUCGUUAGCAUGACUAAGAUACGGGCGUCAAAGCUACGUAAUAAACCAGAGCCUGAACUGCAGAAGCAACUUGGAGAGCUCAAGACGGAACUUGGUAAUCUUCGCUUGUAUCGAGUAACGAGAGGCGCAUCCUACCAUGGAAAAUUGAAGAAAAUCCGGACACUAAGAAAGUCCAUUGCUCGUGUAUAUACAGUUAUUCAUCAGGCGCAAAAACUUCGCCAGCGUGAAGCUUAUCGUUCCAAGAGAUAUGUUCCCAAAGAUUUGAGACCUAAAAAGACCAGAGCAAUACGCAGAAGGCUUACUAAAAAAGAACAGUCAAUUCAUUCUGCGCGUUCGAUGCGCAAGGCACGUGCCUUCCCUCCUCGUGUAUACGCUGUCAAAUGCUAAGUAAUAAAAAUUUAAGUCAAAUUUGGAUUAUG